AUGUUAGAACGGGAACGGGAGAAGCUCUAUAGAGAAGGGGACUUCGAAUACCUGGUAGCACAGCUCCCAACUAACGAGCAAUUGGCAGUGAAAAUGGCGAAAGUAGAGCCUGUCGAGCAGUACCGCAAAAUCAUUCGUAUGAUCCGUUUUUGCGUGGGAUUUUGUGGAAAUGAUGUGGCAGAUCCCAAUUUCCGAAUGUGGUGGCUCACCUACACUGUGAUUGUCGCCAUUGGCUUCUUUUUCGCCUGCACAGGAUAUACCAUUUACGUGGGCGUGGUAAUUGAUGGAGAUCUGACAGUGAUCCUUCAGGCAUUUGCUAUGGUGGGAUCGGCGGUCCAGGGAUUAACUAAGCUGUUGGUCACCGCCAACAUGGCUUCUGAGAUGCGGGAAAUUCAGAACACUUACGAGAAAAUCUACAGUGAAUACGGUCCCAGGGGUGGUGAAUACGCAAAGUGCCUGGAAAACAGAAUCCGUACAACCUGGCGAUUGAUCAUCGGCUUUAUGGUCGGCUACAUUAUUCUCCUGGGUCUGAUAAUAGGUUUCCCCAUCUUCUACUUGCUGGUUUGGCAAGAGAAGGUAUUGGUCAUGCAAUUCCUGAUGCCAAUACUCGACCACACCACCGACGGAGGUCAUCUGGUGCUCACGGCUGUCCAUGUGGCACUUAUUGUUUUCGGUGGUUUCGGCAAUUACGGCGGGGAUAUGUACUUCUUUCUUUUCGUCACCCACGUGCCUUUGAUUAAGAACAUAUUUUGUGUGAAGCUCGAGGAACUGAACGAGGUGGUUGUCAAGGGAAAUGAGUACCCAAGAAUGAGGGCCAUGCUCUGUGAUCUUUUCACGUGGCAUCAACUGUAUUCUAGCAUUCUUCAGACCACCAAGAAGAUCUAUAGCAUUGUGCUAUUUGUGCAGCUUUCCACAACAUGCGUAGGACUUCUCUGUACCAUCUCUUGCAUUUUUAUUAAAGCCUGGCCCGCAGCUCCACUUUAUUUAAUAUUUGCUGCCAUAACACUCUACGCUUUCUGCGGUCUUGGCACUUUGGUGGAAAAUUCUAACGAGGACUUUCUCAGUAUCAUUUACACGAACUGUCUGUGGUAUGAGUUGCCUGGAACAGAGGAGAAGCUUAUUAUCCUGAUGAUAGCCAAGGCUCAAAAGGAGGUUUGCCUCACCGCCGCCGAUAUGGCUCCACUAUCUAUGAACACAGCUCUCCAGCUGACCAAGGGAAUCUAUAGUUUCAGCAUGAUGUUGAUGAACUACUUGGGAAAGGAUAAAUAAAGCGCUUAUUUUUGCAUAAAAUAUAUUGCACAUUGUAGUGUAUUUUAGAAAGCACCCUUUACAAAAACGUAUCAGAAAAUUAUAAAUAGGAAGAGGAGUAU